AUGGCGCAGAUUCGCGGCACUGCGGGUUACAACCUCGGUCACCAGAACCCCUUCGGAGGACCUGGACGAGCAGACGCAACGAGCGAUCCGAGUCCUUUGGACGCUAUUCGGGAACAGACAAGCAAGAUUGAAGACUGGUUGGAUACAAUCUCGGAUCCUGUAAAGCCCUAUCUUCCUGCCAUUGGCCGUUUCCUUAUCGUGGUCACCUUCAUCGAGGACAGCUUACGUAUUAUCACACAAUGGAGCGAUCAGCUCGUAUACCUCCGUGAAUACCGGAAAAUUCCCUGGGGUAUCACGCAUACUUUCCUCAUCCUUAACGUCAUUGCAAUGUCCGUAUGCUCGUUCCUGGUCAUCACCCGCCGCCACACUGAGAUCGCCGUCGCCGGCCUGCUCGGAGUUGUCGUCACACAAGGUCUCGGUUAUGGGCUCAUCUUUGAUCUCAACUUCUUCUUGCGCAAUCUCAGCGUCGUCGGCGGUCUGCUCAUGGUUCUCUCCGACUCGUGGGUUCGCAAGAAGUUCGUCCCGGCCGGAUUGCCCCAAUUGGAUGAAAAGGACCGCAAGAUGUACGUCCAGUUUGCUGGUCGCGUGCUCCUGAUCUUCCUCUUCGUUGGAUUCGUCUUCUCCGGCCAGUGGAGCUUGUGGCGCGUGCUGGUCAGCCUGUUCGGUUUCGUCGCGUGUGUCAUGGUCAUCGUCGGUUUCAAAGCCAAGUGGAGCGCCAUCAUUCUCGUGGUUUUGUUGAGUGUCUUCAACGUACUCGUCAAUAACUUCUGGACUCUGCACCCCCACCACCCCCACAAGGACUUUGCCAAGUACGACUUCUUCCAGAUUCUAUCCAUUGUCGGCGGUCUCCUUCUCCUGGUCAACAUGGGUCCCGGCCAACUGAGCAUGGACGAGAAGAAGAAGGUCUACUAG